GUCUUAUACAGUAAAGCACUCUGCCGAAAUCGUAGAACAUUGAAAGAGAACAGAAACGAAAAAGCACACUAAUUUCCGGCGGGCGGGCGAGAGAGAAGAAUAAUGGUGACACUGGUGGUGGCGACGACGACGGACCCUGCGUCCUUGAACCCGGCCAACGCGCUCCUAGCCAUGGCCGGCUGGCACCCUGGUCCCUCUUUCCAGGAGGGUUUCAAGAGCUUUGCUAACGAAGGAGUGAGGGUAUUGCUACAUGACAAGGGCAUAGUGGAAGAGGAUCAAUUGGACCAGCGAUGGGAGGAAGUCACCGGCGAGCCCGUUCAUGAAGUCAUUUUCUUCAGCAAACACACAGCCGUUUCCAACCGCCCCGCCCUCACCGUUCACCCCAUCGGGGUACCCCACUUGAGGGAAGAAGAAAUUCCGCCUCAGGGCGGUAAGCCUGGAUGGGCGGCGCCACCCAAUCCUCGGAUCGGCCCUUGGCUGAGGCUCUUGAAGAACAUUGCUCGUUCUCAUAAUUUGGUUCCCGAGUUUGAGAUUACUUUGGAGGGUACUCAUCAUGGACCGGUGACUCAUAAGCCAACUAUGUUCAUAGAGAUUGGUAGUACGGAAGAAUACUGGAAGAGGCAAGAUGCAGCUCAUGUUAUUGCUCUAUUAGUUUGGGAAGGACUUGGUCUUGGAGGAGGAGCUGCUGUGGGAAACUGGAGCAGGGAGAACGAUAAGAAGAAAGUCCUUCUUGGGAUAGGUGGUGGACAUUAUGCACCUCGGCAUAUGGACAUAGUUCUGAAAGAUGGUAUUUGGGUGGGCCACCUACUUUCUGGAUAUUCCUUGCCGAUGGAAGAUCCCAGCCUGUCAAAAGUAGAAGAACAUGCAAAAGAGAUUGGAGGGACUUGGAAGGAGUCAAUCAAAGCUGCAUUUGAGGCUACAAGAUUGGCUUUCCCUGGUGGGGAAAUUCUUGCACACCUUGAUCAAAAGAGUUUCAAGGGCUGGCAGAAGAAUGCUAUAACAGCGUUCCUAGGGGAGCAGAACAUAUCAAUUGGCAAACCAAAUGACUUCAACUGAUUUUUGGAAGGACAUCAUUAUAUUGUGGACACAACUUUUUCAGACGACAUUAUUGAUAAAUUGUGACAGUUUAUUAUAGUUAUAUAAAGUUACAUCCUAUAGGAUUAGCUACAGUUGGAAGCAUUUAGUGAAAUUUCUUGCCAAAGGCCAUUACUUUUGCCUGAUGAAAGAUGUGGAAUGAUCUGAAUCACGAAUUCUUCUUGUAGAUGAACAUGUGAUCGUGAGUGAUAAUCUGCAAAUGCUUGGCACUUGAGAAAUUUUAUUUUCCUA